AUGGAAGCACAAACACAAAACGCAAAGUCUAUUUUACCUUUUAACCCAUUCAAGAAUCCUCCUUUAGUUUCAGACUUUCAGUGCCCUCUUACUUUGCCUAUCUCCCUACUCCUCUGUUUCUUCGCCUUCUCUCAGCCUUUCUUCUUCUAUCAGAAAGAGUGAAUGGAGCUGUGGACAGAGGCUAGAGCCCUAAAAGCAAGUCUAAGAGGAGAAGCUAUAAAGCAUCAAGUGAUUGUGGCUGAGGAACUAAGCCGAACUUCUUCUGCUGAAGAUUUCUCCGUUGAGUGUUUCCUUGAUUUCUCAGAAGUAGGUCAAGAAAGAGACGAAGAACAACUUGUCUCCGUUUGUUCUUCACAAAAAGGACAAGAACAAAAUUAUUGUAUCUUUAGUUCACAACCUUGCAUCUUUGAUCAACUUCCUUCUUUGCCGGAUGAAGAUGUGGAAGAGCUUGAAUGGGUAUCUCGUGUUGUGGAUGAUUGUUCAUCACCAGAAGUCUCACUUCUCUUCACACAAACCCUCAAAACCAAACCAAGCUUCUCAUCUUCAGUUCCGGUUAAAACAAGAACCAAACGGUCUCGGAACAGCUUAACCGGUGACCGGGUGUGGCCACUAGUUUCAACCAAUCAACAUGCAACAGGAGAGCAGUGUAAGAAGAAGAAACAAGAAACGGCCGUUUUGUUUCAAAGAAGAUGCAGUCAUUGUGGCACAAACACCACACCUCAGUGGAGAACCGGUCCGGCCGGUCCAAAAACCUUAUGUAAUGCAUGUGGAGUCCGGUUUAAGUCCGGUAGGCUCUGCCCAGAGUACAGACCGGCGGAUAGUCCGACGUUCUCAAAUGAGAUCCACUCAAAUCUUCAUAGGAAGGUUAUGGAACUGAGAAAGAGUAAAGAGUUGGGUGAAGAAAGAGGAGAAGCUACUAAUAAGUCAGACCAAGUCAAAUUUGGCAGCUAAGUGGUAGAGAAGACUUAGGUAAAAUGAAAACCUACCUGUUUUAGCAUUAUCUCUAGUUUUGUAUAAUUUAACAACUUGUUCCAAAACAUGUUGAGCUGUUUUGGAAUUAGUGUACUGAAAAUGUUGUUUUGUAUAAACAAGAUUAUAUAUUUCUAAUGAUGUUAGACCACCA